AUGCAACCUCCAUACCCUAAGUGGUAUAACGCAAACGCCCAAUGCGAGUAUCACGCAGGGACUAAGGGGCACUCGAUUGAGAACUGCACUGCAUUCAAGAAGUUAGUUGAAAAUUUUAUCAAUUUGGGGAUCGUAAAGAUUGGUGACUCAUCAGGGCCAAACAUAGCAGGGAAUCCAUUGCCCAAUCAUGAUGAUAAAGGGGUGAACACGAGAACUGAGAAUGGAGGAAGGAGAGUCAAAGCCAACGUAGCAGAGAUAAAGAACCCCCUUAAAUGGGUUUGGAAACAAAUGGUGAAAGGAGGUCUCAUCAAGCAAGAUUCAAUAGAAAGGCCCGAAGGAGCAAGGAAGUUUUGUAAGUUCCACGCAAAAGAAGGCCAUAACAUCCAAAAAUGCACUGAGUUCAGAACCAUAGUGCAAAGCUUAAUGGAUAACAAAGAGUUGGAGUUUUAUGAAGAGAUCAAGGGACUAGAAAAGGGAGAAGUUUAUGCUUCAGAGGAAGGAUCUGCAGGACAAACCCAAAAGGCUAAUCAUCCAGUGGUGAUUAUUUCAAAGCCAAUGAACGAAGAAUUUGGAAUACAAAUUGCGCCAAAGGUCAUAAUCCAAAAACCUGUAUCCUUUUCUUACAAGGAUAGCAAAAAAGUUCAUUGGAAUUACAACGUCAAUGUGACGAUUCCAGGAAAAGAGAGCUUGGUAAAUGCUUCAGAAGAGAAGGAAGGAUUCUAUACACGAAGUGGAAAACGCUAUGAUCCGGCAAAUGCAAGAGUGGAAUCUGGAAAAGAAAAAGCCUUAGUAGUUGAGCUGGGAAAAGUAAAAACAGACAAAGUUGAAUCGCAUGUCAAUCAGCCGGUAAAUGAAAAUGAGGCUAGAGAAUUUCUAAAAUUCUUGAAGCAUAACAAGUACAGCAUGGUAGAACAAUUACAUAAGCAAUCGGCUCGUAUCUCUAUGCUUGAGUUGCUUCUAAGUUCAGAGAUACAUCGUAAUGCGUUGAUUAAGGUGCUAAAUGAAACUUAUGUCACUAAUGAUAUCUCAGUGAAUAAGUUGGACCAAUUGGUUAAUAAUAUAAGUGCCGACAAUUUCAUUUUCUUUAAUGAUGAUGAAAUAUCGCUGGGAGGGAGAGGAGCCACCAAAGCCUUACAUAUAACCACUCGUUGCGGGGAGUAUAUGUUGUCGGGUGUGCUAAUUGAUAAUGGAUCAGCCCUGAAUGUUUUACCCCUAUCCACCUUAAGCAGGUUACCAGUGGAUAGCUCUCACAUGAAAUCAUGCCAGAAUAUAGUGAGGGCAUUUGAUGGUACCGAAAGGAGGGUGAUGGGAAGAAUAGAAAUACCCCUCUCGAUUGGCCCGAAUACAUACGAGGUGGACUUCCUAGUGAUGGAUAUCAAGCCUUCGUAUAAUUGCUUGUUGGGAAGACCCUGGAUUCAUUCAGCAGGGGCGGUGCCAUCAUCAUUGCACCAGAAGUUGAAAUUGUUAACAGAAGGCCAAUUGAUUACGAUUAAUGCUAAGGAAGACAUCAUUGCAUCAGUAACCAGUGACGCACCAUACUUGGGAACAGAUGAUAAGGCGGUUGAAUGUUCUUUUUGA